AAAGCCCUUGGCAACUGUCUCCGUGCUUCUUGAGAGCAGAGCUGGGGGAUGCGGUGCAGGGGGCGGCACUGCCGGUGUUGGGGUGACAGGUUUAUUUGAGAUCUGGGGAAGUAGAGUGAGCUGCCAGAAAAUAAUCAUGUUGAGGGACACAAUUAAGUCUUGGAACGAAAGUUCUGACCUCUACAGCAGUGACCAGGAGGAGGAAGAGGAGGAGGAAGAAAUGAUUUUUGGUGAAAAUGAUGAUGACCUUGAAGAGCUUAUGGAUCUCAGUGACCUUCCUACAUCACUCUUUGCGUGUAGUGUCCAUGAUUCUGUAUUUGAAGUGGAGGACCAGAAGGAAAGAUUCAAGGCUUUAUUCACAAUUUAUGAUGAACAGGUUUCCUUCCAAAUGUUUAAAAGCUUCAGACGAGUGAGAAUUAACUUCAGCAAUCCAGAGGCAGCAGCAAGAGCGAGAAUUGAGCUCCAUGAAUCUGAUUUUAAUGGGAAGAAGUUAAAGUUAUACUUUGCACAGGUACAGGUAUCAAAUGAAGAGGGGGAAAAAUCUUUUCUGUUACCUCCACAACCUACAAAGCAAUUUUUAAUCUCACCUCCAGCAUCCCCUCCUGUUGGAUGGAAACAGAGUGAAGACCCGACUCCGGGUAUUAACUAUGAUCUCUUGUGUGCAGUUUCCAAACUUGGUCCAGGUGAAAAGUAUGAACUGCACGCAGGGACGGAAUCCACACCCAGUGUGGUGGUACACGUGUGUGAGAGUGAGACCGAAGAAGAAGAGGAGGAAAUGAAGGGACCCAAACAAAAAAUAGUGCAGACAAAACGUCCUUCACACCCUCCAGCCAUUUUAAAUUAGUUCAAAGCUUUUUAUUUAUCAAUUAAAAAAUAGAGUUCAAAAAGCAUAUCUUCAAAGGGAAAUGUAGACUCUCAGUUCACAUACUGUAUAUAGCUACAGACAAUCUAGGUCAUAUUAUCUGAAGUGGUAUAAAUGCUGUAUUUAUUUUUAUGGAGUUUUGUGUUUUUAAUUUUCUAAUCUUUAUCUGUGUUACACUUUCAGUGUUUUUUUAACUUACUUGCUGGUAGCAAAAGAGUUAACUUCAGUGAAUGUCUGAAUUUUUGUCUUUCUUACUACUGUUUAAAGUGGCAUUCUUGAGUAGCCAGGAAACUGAAUAUUGCCACUUACAGGUUUUAUAAUACAGAUCACCCGUUUCAGUGUA